GACCAUUUUUUUUCUCAAGAAUAAUCCUGAUCCGGAAAUGGCUGGAUGAAAAAAUUAAAUCGUUUCUGCCCAGUUUUUGACCUAUUUUAAGGUCAGUAUCAGGAAAAACAAUCUUGAAUAUGUCUAUAAAUUGAUAUAUAGAUGUUUCCAAUUUCUGUGAAGACCAACUCAAUACUAACAUUGGCAAGGAUUGUAACAGUAUUGCUUCUUAAUAUUGUAGUUUCAAUUCUAACACCAUUUUUAUUUCAACCAUCUUCAAUGCUGGGAUGCAGUAAAUUUUGUGUAGCCAAGAUCCUUUAAAGGUCAAAAAACUUCACUGCAUACAGAAAUCACCCAGAUCGACAUAUGUCUCAAUGCUGAAACAUGUCUGCAGACCAAAACAGUUAGGAUAGUCAGGCUAAUUAUUUUAUUACAUCAAUUUAAACUACUAAAAUUGAAAUGGUCAACAAACGUUCAAAAGUAGUUGUUUUAUUUUGUUUUUCAAACAUUUAACACAAACAAAGAUUGUCAAUGUAUUUGUAUCCUAUACAUGAAACAUAAGUAAUUCUCAAAGGUAAAAUAAAAUAUUGCGGGAUUUCCUCCUGGCGUCUGCCGGGUGAUAAACCUAUGGUUUUACAGUUACUUAUCUUGGUUUGCAAAUCCUCACUCCAGACACGUCUUGGCAUUUCACUAUUUAGAGUGUUUUGGUGCUUUCUGUGGAAUCCUUGAAUUAUCUUUAUACUUUCCUUUUAAACCUGUCCAAACAUCAGGCCAAAAUAAACGUGAAACUUAAAUACAAAAUAAAAUGAAACGAGUAUUUUUUUCAACCAUAUGUAUUAACAUGCAUGUUUUUACUGAAGUCUUCAAAUUUUCUGAUUUGAAAUUUUUUUUACAAUGAAAUGAGUAGAACAGUGUUGUGGUGUUUUGUCAUAGAGAUGAAAUUCUGGGCAAAAGCAAAUGCCGAGGGUAACACCUUCUGAGCGAGGGCACAAAGGAUUACUCAAACACCAUCUUGGGCUGUGGAGUGAUGAUGAUGCACCAGAUACUGACACCUCCCAAUCACAACGAUCAAAGCAUGGCUCAAAUCUUCAACCAAGAUUUGCCAAACCUAUUUUACCCAAUCGUAGCCUGGUCAUGGCACAAGAACCGGGAUAUCACACCCUAAAACCAGGUGAAAAAGUUUUGAUUAUUCUCCACCAAACUAUCGGUCGCCUUUCACAAAGCUGGCUAACACAUCUUACGCUUGCGAUAGCAAUAAUAGGAUACACUUUGUUUGGAGGACUCAUAUUUAAACUCAUCGAAGGCAAUGAUGAAUCUAACGCUAAAAAAGAUUUGUUUGAAGGAAGAAUGAAGGCUGCUCAUGAAAUUCAAGAUGUAUCAUCAAAAUAUACGUCUCUAGCAGGAGACAAAAAAGAGGAACAUUCCAAGGAAGUUAAAAAAGUUCUACAAGAAUAUGAAAACAGUAUACUUGACAAUUAUAAUUACAAUGGCAAAAUGGAUCGUGGGCAGGAUGAGCUUAAUUGGGCAUAUCGGAGCUCAGUGUUUUUCUGUUUCACCGUAUACACAACAAUAGGAUAUGGCAACCUUGCCCCUAAAACAACACUCGGUAGGGCGGUUUGCAUAGUUUAUGCAAUCAUUGGAAUUCCUCUCUUUUUAAUUAUUCUUACUGAUUUCGGAAAACUUAUGACACGUGGCCUGAAAAAGGUGUGGUGGUGCGGUAAAAAGUUGUUCUAUUCCAAUUUAUGUCAACAAAGGAAAGGCCAGCUUAAAAAAACUGUUAAAGUUAUUACUGUAAAACGGAGUGGUCAUGAAUCCAAUGAGGAGGAAGCAAUUAAAAAGGACAAAAAGAGUUUUCAGGUGAAAGGCCAUCUUCAAAAAACUGUCAACGUUACUACAGAAGAAAUGACUGGACACGAUUUUGAUGAGGAGAUAGUAAUUGAAAAGGAAGAAAAGAAUUUUCAGGUAGAUGAAAAGUUCAAUGUUCCUGUAGAAGUUGCGGUGGCUAUCUUGUUUACCUACAUGAUAAUUGGAUCUAUUUGCUUCUCAGCAUGGGAAGACUAUGGUGUCUUUGAGUCAAUGUAUUUUGUAUUUAUCUCUAUGUCCACCUUGGGCUUUGGGGACUAUGUACCACAGAACCAUUCAACAAUUAUAUCAUGUAUGUUUUUCUUGGGUGUGGGACUCGCUAUUGCUACAAUGUGCAUAGAAGUUUUCCGAGAAGAGUUGGUCAAGUCUUUAGCUGAGGCAACUUGUAAGAUUGGAGAACAAUGUGGUGUUCAUAUUCAACUUGAUACCCAAGAAUUAUUAGAAGAAGAAAAUGACACAAAAUGAAAUAAUUGAACAUUAAAGAAAAAAUAUUAGUUGGAAACAUUUUGUUCUCC